CCGGGGGCGGGGCCGCGGGCCGCGUGGCGCGGGAAUGGAGGGACAGCUGGAGCGCCCGGCCGUGGGACCGGGAGGGCAGCGGGAAGUGGUGGAGCAGUUGGAGAACCUGGCCGUGGAGCCGGGCGGGCAGCGAGAGGUGGUGGAGCAGCUGGAGAAACCGGCCUUGGGGCCAGGCGGGCAGCGAGAGGUGAUGGAUCAGGUGGAGAGCCCGGCCGUGGCGCCGGGCGGGCAGCGGGAGGUGGUGGAGCAGAUGGAGAGCCUUGCGGUGGCGCCGGGCGGGCAGCGGGCGGCCGGCCAGGAGAUGGUGCAGAGCCCUGCGGAGGGCGGUGGGGAAGCCCAGGCCCCUCUGCCCCCCGCCGUGGGACCGCGGCGCUCGCCGCCGCCCGCCUGGCCCCGCUCUCCCGCUGCCGACGCGUCCUCGUCGGACUCGGACAGUGACACAGAUUCAGAUAGUUCAUCAACUACACUCUUCUCUUCAUCUUCAGCACUAUCUGAUGAAGAUGUUCAUCCACAUGAGAAGGAUAACAGAUCUUACUGUCUUAGGACAAAGGAUGAGUUGCCUAUUGAUAAAUUGCCUCCUGUUGAAGACUUAUCAAUAGUUCUUCCAGAUAAUGUUGAACUGAAGCUCUUUGGGACAGUUUCCAGUGUCGUUGAGCAGCUAGUAAUAAUUGAAUCACUGAGAGGCCUACCUCCAGUAAAUGAGGAAAGCAUUAUUUUUAAAGAAGAUCGGCAAGCAGUAGGAAAGAUAUUUGAGAUAUUUGGUCCUGUUUCACAUCCUUUUUAUGUGCUAAGGUUUAACAGCUCUGAGCAUAUCAAAGAGAAGGGUAUUAAUGUGCAAGAUAGCAUGUAUUUUGCUCCAUCAGUAGAGGACUUCACCCAGUAUAUAUUUGCAGAAAAACUAAAACAGGAAAAAGGUUCAGAUGCAUCUUGGAAGAAUGACCAAGAACCACCACCUGAAGUUUUGGAUUUCAGUGAUGAUGAAGUAGAAAGAGAGGCAAAACAGAAGAAAAAGAAGGCUCAAAGUCAAGGAAGGAAGAAAGUCAGAUCAGACACACUUCCAUCAAGUGAGAAUAAAGAACUUCAUCACUCAGUGCAACAGCCUGCUUCAAGUUACUCAAGGGGGUACCGUGGCAGAGGGUUCUCCAGGGAUCUGUUUCCUCCUCCAUCUGGCCCUCGAGGGUUUUUCAGACCACAAGUAAGACCACCACCACUGGUCUUUUCAGACAGGAGGAUGCACCAGGAACCACCAGUGUUUCCACCACCUCCCCGAAGAGAAAAUCCAGUGAUGCAACAGUAUGCCUUUCCUCCUCCAGAUUUAGGUUAUGCCAAUGAUUGGCAUCAAUUCCACCCUCCGCCUUCAAAUAUGAAUAUGAUGUGGACAGGCCCAAACGUGUACAACUCAUCCUACUCAUUUCUGCCACCACCGCCGCCACCACCGCCACCUCCUCCUCCAGACAGCCAUCCUCCUCCCUUCAGGCCUUUAUGAGAUUCCGUACGGGUCCAUGUAGAGCGCUGCAGUUUACAGGGAGAAAGAACAGCCUGCCAGGACUGCAUUCCUUUAUUUUGGAGAUGCUUUCUUUUACUGCAGAGGUAGAACAAAUGCAGAAUUUUGUGCUUUAUGGGACAUCUGUAGGAAAUUAUUUUUUUCUAUGUUUGUUUUCUGUUUAAAAAAAAAGUAUAUUAUAAAUUUAACUGAAUAUUGAGUAAUAGUUUAUUUUUAUAUUAUCUGCUACUUUAAGAUGAUAAAUAAAAGCCUUUUGGAGAUUGGUA